AGCGCUCGAUCAAUGAAGUUUUGUAAUCUUGUAAAUGUAGUGUCAGUUGUAUAUUUUCGAAGUUAAUUCUGUGUCAUGUGCGUGGUGGAAAAAUAAAUGGGACAUGGGCAAGGAUCAAGAGCUGUUGGAAGCAGCACGCAAUGGGAACAUCUCUGUGGUGGAGAAAAUACUCAGUCAGAGAGCGAAAAGGAGCGGCCCAUUGGCAAGCCUGCGGAGGGGGCCAGGCGCCAACGUACAGGAUGCCAGCGGUUACUCGGCGUUGCACCACGCCGCCCUCAACGGACACAGAGAGGUGGUGCAGCUGCUGUUGGCGCACGAGGCGUCGACCAACAUCGUGGACGGCAAGGGCUCGUCGCCGCUGCACCUGGCCGCGUGGGCGGGCAACGUGGACAUCGUGCGUCUGCUGCUCUGCCACGGACCCUCCGUGCCCAACGUUAACCUCACCACGAAGGACAACGAGACGGCGUUGCACUGCGCGGCGCAGUACGGGCACACGGCGGUUGUUGGGCAGCUACUGGAGCACGGCUGUGACCCCGCCAUCCGGAACAGCCGCGAGGAGACCGCACUCGACUUGGCCGCGCAGUACGGCAGACUGGAGACUGUGGAGCUGCUGGUGAGGACGCACCCGGAGCUGAUCCAGCCGUACACGUGUCCAGGCGCGGUGUUCCCACACACGCCGCUCCACCUAGCCAGCAGGAACGGUCACAGGGCGGUGGUGGGCGUGCUGCUGGCGGCGGGCAUGGCGGUGAACGCGCGCACCGCGGCGGGCACGGCGCUGCACGAGGCCGCCAUGUACGGCAAGCUGGAGGUGGUGCGCGCGCUGCUCGCCGCCGGCGUCGACGUCUGCGCCCGCGACCAGCGCCGGCACACCGUCAUGGAGCUGCUGGGACAGUUCCCCGCGCACGUCACGCACGACAUCGCCGCCAUCAUCAGCCGACACCGCGAAACCGGGGGCGGCAGAUCGGGCAGCGACGACCUGCCGCCCAUCCCUGUGCCGGACACGUCGCUGGGCAGUCCCUACGAGAACGUGCGCACGCCGGGCCGCGGAGGAGGCGGCGGUGGGGUCGGUCUGCGGGGGCAGUCGCCCGCCUCCUCUCCCGGCACGUCGCCCACGCACUGGCACUACUACCGGUCAGUGAAGCUUUGGAGGUUCCGAAAGGGAUCUGGAGCCAUGCCGACUUCAGUGGCCAGCGACGGGGGCAUGUACCAGACGCCGCCACCGCCGCCCAAGUCGCUGCCGGACAGCUUCCUGUCUGCUGAGGAGGGCGACCGGAUCAGCGUGUCUUCGUCCAGCAGCCUCUACAUGCCCAUGUGCGGCUCCGGCGGCGGACACGCCAAGGUCUCGCCGACGCCCCCGAAGAAGCCGCCGCGGCGCAACCUGUCGGUGUCGCCGACGCACGCGACGCCGCCGGCGCUGAUGAGCCUGUCGGCGGACAGCGGCGGGUGCCGCGCGCCGCAGGGCCACAACUACGAGUACCUGUACCUGGCGCGCAGCGGCCGCAGCCACGGCGACCUGCGGCGCGGCCGCUCGGCCGAUCAGUACGUCGACAUGCGGCCGCCGGUGGCGCUGCUCGCCACCUCGGCGCACGAGGCGGGCGCCGGCGGGCUGCCGCUGCUGCGCGCCCAGAACCCGCGCCGCAAGCUGCGCCGCAGCCACCACUACGAGAACUACGAGCCGCCCGCGACCGCCGCCGCGCCCGUCACCGUGUACGCGGGCGGCGGCCGGGGGCGGCUGCCGGCCGGCUCCACGUUCGUGUCCAACGCCUACAUCACGCUGCGGCCGUCGCAGGAGAGCCUGGUGGACGCGGGGGCGGAGGCGGCGGGCGCGCGGCCCGUGCAGACGCCGCUCAGCCCCACGCACUACCAGCAGCCGCCCACGCCCGACCACCCGCCGCCGUCGGCGCUGCAGGCCGAACGCAGCAUACACGAACGCAUCCGGCCGCUCUCCCAGGAGUACAAGCGGCGGUCGCGCGACAUGGAGACCGAGACGGAGGAGGAGCUGCUGCUGUGCCCGUCACUGGCCGCCUCCUCGGGCAGCCUCUCCAGCAGCGUCUCGCUCUCCGACAAGAGCGUCUCCACCGACAACAACGUCGAGGAGUUCCUCGCCGACGCGCCCUUCGCCGGUAAGUACCGGCAGCGCUCCGGCUCGCUACUCUCGGAACGACCCUCCGCGCUCCCUGAUUCCUCGCACCGAGGAUUCCAUAAUGGCUUUCACUUCAAUGAUGUAGGCCACAACUGA